CCGGGUGUCGCGGGGGCGGGCCGGAGCCGGGCGGGCAGAGGCGCAGCGGGACCCGGGGAGGGCGCACUGCCGACCGCCGCUGAGCGGGGGCGCGGUGGUAACGGGGUCGUCCGUAGCCUCGCAGCACGGGGCUGGGCCCAGAGACAAGGCGCGGCGGGCGCUGCCGAGGCCUGGCCGGAGCCGGGAGGAGGCGGCGGCUCGGCCCGCGGCCGUCGGAUAAGGUGCCUGGCACCACGGGCGCUGCCCAGAGCCGCCGCCGCCUCCGCCGGCCCCGCCCCCACCCCGCCCGUCACUCCGUCCCGCCCGGGGGGCGCCGCGGCCAAUAGAACCCUCCGCCCGCGUGCCGGCCCCGCCCAGGAGCACGCGGCCAAUAAGAGCCUUCGCCUGAGUUCCGGCCCCGCCCCGGCCCGUCACCCCGCCCCGCCCCGCGCGCGCGGCCCUGCUUCCGGAAGCGCGGAGCGGAGCUGGCCAGCUUUCCUGUGCGCAGCUCUGUGAAGACCUGGUUCUCCCCAGAAGCAGCUGCUCCCAGGGCACUUCACCUUCGGGCGCUUGCCAAGCCAGACGAUGCCCGUGGAGCCUGGGCAGGCCUUGGUCCUGCUGCCCCCGCUGGCGAAGGCAGGGGGCUCCCUGUUCCCUGGGCCAGAUGCCACCCCUCACGGGCACCUUUCUAGCCCCGAAGCAGCACGGCAGCUGUUCAGGCAGUACCGUUACCAGGUGGUGUCCGGGCCGCAGGAGACCCUCCGGCAGCUCCGGAAGCUCUGUUUCCAGUGGCUGCAGCCCGAGCUGCACACCAAGGAGCAGAUCCUGGAGAUCCUGAUGCUGGAGCAGUUCCUCACCAUUCUUCCUGCAGAGAUCCAGAUGUGGGUGCGGAAGCAGAGCCCAGGCAGCGGGGAGGAGGCGGUGAGCCUGGUGGAGAGCCUGAAGGGGAAUCCCCAGAGACUGUGGAAUUGGAUUAGCAUCCAGGUUCUAGGACAGGAAGUCUUACCGGAGAAAGGGGAACCUGCCAGAUACCAAGUUGGGCAAGUGGAACCGCAAGUUGAAGCAGUGCCUCAGGACCCGGGACUUCAGAGUUCGCCUUCCAGGUCUGGGAAUCCCCUGGGCCACAUUGUGAAAGAGGAGUCUGACCCGGAGCCCGGGCUAGUGGUGACUGCUCCUCAGCUGCCCGCGCAGCCAGGCGAAAGGCUCGCUAGGGACCAAGACUUCGGAGCCUCACUUCUCCAGGCAACUCCUCAGGAACAGUGGAGGAGCCUGAACUCCACUCAGAAGGAGCAGUACUGGGACCUCAUGCUGGAGACCUAUGGGAAGAUGGUGUCAGGAGGCAUUUCUGGUUCUAAGCCCGAUCAAAAUGACUCACCAGAAUAUGGGGAAGAAAUCGCUGGGCUGCCCCUUCAUGUCAGUGAGAAGAUCCUGAGACCCCCCUGCGCAGGAGAUAGACAAGAGAAUGACAAAGAGAACCUAAAUUUGGAAAACUAUGGGGACCAGGAGCUUCUGGAAGCUUCCAGUCAAGCCUUAGGAGAGGCACCUUCUCAGACUUCCUUUGGUGACCUCUUCAGAGAAGAUGAAUCAAGAUGUUUUGGAGAAGAAAAUCCUCCCCAAGAUCAGGAAAGCCUUCAGGGCGAGGCAUCAAGGGAACAGCUCUCUUGUCAGGAGCGGAACUCUGGGCGACAGCUGGGCCUGCAUUUGCCUACUCCUCAUCCAGAUGACUUCUCCAUGCUGUGGCUGGGGGAGAAGAGAGAGGCCUCCCCAAAAGGGCAGCUCAGAGCACCCAUGGCCCAGAAACUCCCUACCUGUAGGGAGUGUGGAAAGACCUUUUACAGGAAUUCUCAGCUGGUUUUUCACCAAAGAACUCACAUUGGUGAGACAUACUUUCAGUGCCCCACCUGCAAAAAAUCUUUCCUGCGAAGUUCAGACUUUGUGAAACAUCAGCGGAUCCACACAGGAGAGAAGCCGUGUAAGUGCGAUUACUGUGGGAAGGGGUUCAGCGACUUCUCGGGACUGCGCCAUCAUGAGAAAAUCCACACGGGAGAGAAGCCCUAUAAAUGUCCCAUCUGUGAGAAAAGUUUUAUUCAGAGAUCAAACUUUAAUAGACAUCAGAGGGUUCACACAGGAGAGAAACCUUAUAAAUGUUCUCGCUGUGGGAAAAGCUUCAGCUGGAGCUCGAGCCUGGAUAAGCAUCAGCGGUCCCAUUUGGGAAAGAAGUCUUUUCCAUAAUCCAACUUCUCUGCCCAUUUCCGAUUAGUUGGUUCAUUUAAAAGUACUUAGUUUCAUCUGCAAAAAUUGCAUCUCUUAGAGAACUUUUUUUAAUGGAUGAGAGAAAAUAAUCUGGAGAUAUUUUGGCAUCUGGGUUGGAUUUCACACUGAUUUAAUUUCUUGCUUCUAUCUAUAUCAGGACAAAUAAUAAUCUUCAUCUCUCAGCGUAUUACUUCUGGACUCCUUGGAAAAAGCAUCACACGUUGAUGCCACAUUAGCAACGCUACCUGGGAGGAGUUCAACUGCAGUUCCUUCUCAUGAGAACGGCAUUUCCUUUGGAAAUGGGAUACUAGAGACAAACUUCUGUUACUGAAGGGGAGUACGAGGGAAUGUGUUUGUGUGUGAUCUCUGACACCAAGGUGAACCAAGAGACUCUUGCUGAAAAUAAACUUAGUUAUUUUAGUUGUG